GAGCCAGAUCCCGAUAAGGGUUAAGGCUCCACUCAGAGAGGGUCGGCCGCUUUGACAACCGACCUCCACCACCGACGCCCGAAACCGCAUACAAAUUCACCCGCGUGUUCUUCUCCGGCCAGCUCCGCUGCUUGUCCCCCACCAUGGCGCAACUAGACACCCUCGACAUCGUCGUCCUCGCCGUGCUACUGCUCGGAACGGUCGCCUACUUCACCAAGGGCACCUACUGGGCCGUAUACGGAGACCCAUACGGCAACUCGCUCGCGACCGGCAAUGGCGCAGCCAAGGCGGGCAAGUCCCGAAACAUCUUGGAGAAAAUGGAGGAGUCGGACAAGAACUGCGUUGUCUUCUACGGCAGCCAGACCGGAACCGCCGAGGACUAUGCUUCGCGUAUCGCCAAGGAGGGGCAUUCCCGCUUCGGCUUGAACUGCAUGGUCGCGGACCUGGAAGACUACGACUACGACAACCUCGACCAGUUUCCCGAAGACAAGCUCGCCGUGUUUGUACUCGCCACCUACGGCGAGGGAGAGCCCACAGACAAUGCCGUCGAAUUCUACGAGUUCAUUGGCGGAGACGAUGUGUCCUUCAGUGAGGGCGCAUCCGCCGAAGAGAAGCCGCUCAGCAAGAUGAAGUACGUCGCUUUCGGUCUGGGUAACAACACGUACGAACACUACAACUCCAUGGUCCGCGAUGUCGACAAGUACCUGACCAAGUUGGGCGCGACCCGCCUGGGCGCCGCUGGCGAGGGUGACGACGGUGCCGGUACCAUGGAAGAAGAUUUUCUUGCAUGGAAGGAGCCCAUGUGGACCGCUGUAUGCGAGGCCUUGAACUUGGAAGAGCGUGAAGCUGUCUAUGAGCCGGUGUUCGAGAUCAAAGAGAGGACCGACCUCUCUGCCGAGGACGACACGGUGUACUUGGGCGAACCCAACAGGAACCACUUGGAAGGAUCCCAAAAGGGCCCCUACAAUGCAAACAAUCCCUUCAUCGCUCCUAUCAUCGAAUCCCACGAACUGUUCAACGCCGCCGACCGAAACUGCCUACACAUGGAAAUCGGAAUCGAGGGCUCCAACCUGUCAUACACCACUGGUGACCACAUUGCGAUUUGGCCUACAAACGCCGGGAAGGAAGUAAACCGCCUGCUGAACAUUCUGGGUCUGAAGGACAAGCGUGACACCGUCAUUGCAGUGAAAGGACUCGACUCCACGGCCAAGGUACCCUUCCCCUCCCCCACCACUUAUGAGGCCGCCGUUCGCUACCACAUGGAAAUCGGCGCUGCUGUAUCGCGUCAAUUCGCGUCUCAGCUCGCGCAAUUUGCGCCUAACGAGGACAUCAAGAAUGAAAUGGCCAAACUAGGAAGUGAGAAAGACUACUUCCACAAACAGGUCACGGAUCGCCAUCUUAACCUGGCACAGCUACUUGAGAUCACCUCCAAGGGCGAGCCUUGGACGAAGAUUCCGUUCUCGCUCAUGAUCGAAGGUUUGUUGAAGAUCCAACCACGUUAUUACUCCAUCUCUUCGUCCUCGCUUGUCCAAAAGAACAAGAUUUCCAUUACUGCUGUUGUUGAGUCGAGCCAUAAGCCUGGCGCCCCUCACGUGCUCAAGGGAGUCACCACCAACUACCUUCUUGCCCUCAAGCAAAAACAACACGGCGACCCGAAUCCGGAUCCGAACGGGUUGGAGUACUGCAUCACUGGUCCUCGAAACAAAUACGAUGGAAUUCACGUUCCCGUUCACGUCCGUCAUUCCAACUUCAGGCUCCCUUCGGACCCUUCCAAGCCCAUAAUUAUGGUUGGUCCAGGAACUGGUGUCGCGCCGUUCCGUGGUUUCAUCCAAGAACGUGCCGCACAGGCAAAGGCUGGCCAGCCUGUUGGUAAGACAGUUUUGUUCUUCGGCUGCAGGAAGAAGGCCGAAGAUUUCGUAUAUGAGAAGGAGUGGGAGGAAUACAAGCAGGCUCUCGGCGACAACUUCAUUAUGCACACAGCCUUCUCCCGCGACGGCCCCAAGAAGGUCUACGUCCAGCACAAGCUAGAAGAGAACGGUGAAGAAGUUAACAAGCUCCUUGAGCAGAAGGCGUACUUCUACGUCUGCGGUGACGCUGCCAACAUGGCGCGCGAGGUUAACACACUGCUUGGCAAGGUCAUUGCCAAAUACCGGAAUGUAGACGAGUCGCGGGGCGAGGAAAUUGUCAAAGCAAUGAGGGCAUCAAAUCAAUACCAGGAGGAUGUGUGGAGCUAGGGGAAUUGCGUUGCCAAAAGGAGUACCCUUCUCUAUUGUUCUCUGUGGCAUGGCAUUUACGAUAUGCGUUUUGCACAACCUAGAUGGAGCGGGCGUCAUAAUGCGGCAACCUGGCGCGAUUGUCAUUGUCUGUUAUCCACUUUGAGCUUUAUAGAGGUUCGUUAGCUAGACUGCAUAGGCUUAGCAAAUUGCAUAAUGUAGAUACAACCUUCAACCAAGGGUGCCCAUGUGGUCUAGCGGUUCGGUACAGCAUUUGGAGGCGAUGUGCGGCAACCUUUCAUUGGCGGCUUGGCGGAUCGAAAGCAAGUCCAGAUGUCACCUCU